CUAUUUCACCCUCUUCGUUUCUUCUCUUCUGCUCUUUCUCUCUUUUUAACUCUUUCAAGAGAUUCACCUCUCCGAAUCUGCAACUUGUGCUGGGUUAAUUUUCUGAUCUGGGUUAUAUCUUUAUUCAGUUUACACACAGACAGAUCACUCACUACCAUCAUUUAUUAUUUAUUACUGUGAAUGAAUCUUUCCUUUUAUUUUACACAAUUGUUAAAAACAGACUAUUAAUAAAAACCAGUCAAGUUUUGAGGUUGUUGGAGUGUUCUGAAAGAUUCAUUUGUAUGGGUUUUAUGUAUCAAAUGCAAUCCAUGUUUUUGUUGUUCUUGUCUCCAUUUCAGAAUUCUUCAGUAAACAUUUGAACUAUACGUUUUGGAAGCAUUUCGGAUCAUGGGUAGAGCUAGAGGAAAGGGUAAAAAGUUAACUGUUGUGCUGAAUAAUGAAGAUCCUGAGAGUGGUGCUGAAGAAUCAAUUCCUGCAUACAAGAAAAGGGGAAGACCACAAAAACCACUGAAAGAUGAAAUUGAUGGAGAUGAGGUUGAGAACAUAGACGAGGAAGAUGGGGAGAAAGCAAAAUCUGCUAUCUUAAACAAAGAAGCAAAAGUUUUAGUUGCUGUGGAGAAUGGAAAGAAGAGGAAGCGGAACUUGAAAGAGAAUUUGGAUGCUGUGAAAGAGGAGAAUAGUAUUGUUGGAACCAGAACAGGCACCGACAACUCUACUAAGCUAAAUGGAUUUCCACAAUACAGAAAUCGACGAAAAAACAAGCCUCGGAGAGCUGCUGAAGCUGGCGUUGAGUGCAAGCAAGCUAUACCGUAAUUUAGUGAUAACUUGCCCUAGGAAGUUAUUUGUGAUUUCGAAUCUUAUUUACAACUCUCAAGACUCGAGUCUCGUUCUGCAAAGGAGAUCAAGUCAAAGAGAAAGGAAGGCAAAGGAGAUCAAGUUGCACAUGGAACUAUGGAAGACAAGGAAGUAGGAAAUCAAGUCAAAGAAAAAGUGCAAGAUGUAAUGAUUAGAAACAGAUUACUAAAUUCUGUAACAGACUUGAUCAGUUUUUUCAACUUAAUUAUAUGUAAUAAUCUAAGGCAGUAUAAUCUGCCAGAAACAACUGAAGGGGAUCUUCUCCAUCCUCAUCCCAGCUUACUGGAAGAGGGAUGGCAGUGGAUGAUGCCAGAAAACAAUUUGCUUAUGGUUUGUAAUGCUAGGUGGAAAAUUUUCAUUCCCACCUAGUCGGUAAUAUAUAGCUUCUGUCCAAAAAAAAAGAAAAAAAAAGACUUGAGUCCAGUUCUGCAAA